GAACUAUAUGCAUUAGACCAUUUUAGCCCCCCGCCACCCAAAACUGUAAAAAAAAGUAGAAAGGUGAAAUUUUGAAGCUCAGUUGUGACAUAUAAAUGUUGGGGGGUUUGGCUUCAAGACUCCGAAAGCCCUCCUUUUACACACACAUAUACAUGUGCAUGAUUCUGGGGUUGUUUGUUGAUAAGUAAUCGCCAUGUCUACUUGUAGUGAAGAUGACAGUGAGCUUCGGAGAGGGCCAUGGACUCUUGAAGAAGACAAUCUGCUCAUUCACUAUAUCACUCAUCAUGGUGAGGGCCGUUGGAAUUUGCUUGCAAAACGUUCAGGGUUGAGGAGAACUGGCAAGAGCUGCAGAUUGAGAUGGCUAAAUUAUCUAAAACCAGAUGUAAAGCGUGGGAAUCUUACCCCACAAGAGCAGCUUUUGAUUCUUGAACUCCACUCCAAGUGGGGUAAUAGGUGGUCAAAGAUUGCGCAACAUCUACCCGGAAGAACAGACAAUGAGAUAAAGAACUAUUGGAGAACUCGGGUGCAGAAACAAGCAAGGCUUUUUAAGAUUGAGACAAACAGCGCAGCAUUUCAAGACAUUAUUCGGUGCUAUUGGGUGCCGAGGUUGCUUCAAAAGAUACAAGAAUCAUCAUCUUCUGGAGGAAUGUUUUUCCAGGACUCAGGAAUCCCUCAUCAGCCUCUUGACAAUCCCCAUCAACAGCCUGCAGCAGCAGCAGCAGCAGAAGCAAUACAGAGUUUGGAUCCCCUGCAUGUGCAGAUUAAUCCAGGCUCAGAAUCAAUGAAUAUCUCCCAAAUAUGUCAAAUUUCAGAGUACCCAACAAGUCCAUUUCAUGCUGAUUAUGACACAUUGGUAAAGGCCAGCUAUUAUGCUGACAACAAUGGCUAUGAGAUGGAAGCCUUCCACCUGGGAAGUAUGCCAGCAACACUGGGGAAUUUUGAAAAUUCUGCUACAAAUUCCCACGUUGUAGAAAAUAACUGGGCUGAGAAUGAUUUUUCAGGCAGCAUGAGGAACAUGGAAGGACUAUGGCAGAUGAGGAACUAACAAAAGAUCUUGUUCUGGGAAAUCCAACCAACUGUUGAUGAAUUAGUGUUUAGGAUUAUGUCAUUAAGUGAUAAGUAAUUGUUCAUUUUUCUAUCUUAUUGUUUCUAUCCAAAGA